AUGCCGCAGGCGGCGAUUCGCACCUUCGAGUACGCGCGAGACUCCGGCGGCGGCGGCGCUGCCGACCUGUUCGAGCUCCUAAUGGACGCGCUCUGCAAAGAGGACCAUCCUCGGGCAGCGGAGGAGUAUAUGAACCGGCGGAGGGCGGCGGAGCCCGGCUGGUCCCCCGCCGUCCGCGUCUACAACAUCCUCCUCCACGGGUGGCUCCGCCGCCGCCGGCUCCGCCGCGCCCAGACGCUCUGGGACCAGCUCCGCCACCAGGGCGACCCCACGGUCGUCUCCUACGGGACGAUGAUCGAGGGUCUGUGCCGCCUUCGGCGGGUUGACCAGGCGAUCUCCCUCUUGGAGGAGAUGAGACCGGCAGGGAUCCCUCCCAACGAGAUCACCUGCAACCCCAUCGUGGACGCCCUCGCCGAGGCCGGAAGGUUCAGAGAAGCCCUCGCGGCCGUCGAAAGGUUCCCUUUCUACGGCAUCUCCCCGAACAUCUCCACCUACAACUCGCUCGUCAAGGGCUUCUGCAAGAACGGGGACCUGGUCGGAGCCAGCAGGAUCUUGAAGACCAUGAUAGGCAGAGGGGUCCUCCCCACUCCCACCACCUACAACUAUUUCUUCAGGUUCUUCGCCGGCUCCGGCAAGGUGGAGGAGGCCAUGAACCUUUACAGCAAGAUUAUCCAGUCCGGGUACUCGCCGGAUCGCCUCACCUACCAGCUCCUGAUCAAGAUGCUCUGCGAGGGCAAGAGGCUGGCGCUGGCGGGGCAGGUGAUCGGGGAGAUGAAAGCGAGGGGCAUUGACUCCGAUCUGGCGACGAGCUCCAUGCUGGUGCACUUGCUCUGCAGGACGCGCCAGUUCGACGAGGCCUGUGAGGAAUUCGAGCGCAUGAUCGGGAAGGGCAUUGUGCCGCAGUACCUCACGUAUCGGAUGCUGGUGAAGGAGCUGAGGCGGCUGGGGAGGACGGACAUGGCGGCGAAGCUCUCUGGUCUCAUGAGCUCGGCGCCCCACUCGACGAAGCUGCCGAACACGUACAGGGAGGACCGGGAGCAGGCGGCGGAGAUGAAGAAGACGAUCCUGAGGAAAGCUCAAGCCAUGUCCGAUGCUCUGAAAGCCUCCGACGACAAACGUGGCCAGGCCGAUCUAGUAGGCGCCUCGGAGAACGCCGUGGAGGCUGCGAAAUCCUUGAUUUCAGACAUCAAGAGAAGGGUUUUCACCCUUUGA